GUUUUGCACCAGUAGCUCCAGAACAGACUGUGGAACAUGAUUUAAAUGUUAUCUAGUGAGAAUGUAGAAAAAUGGGUCAAACUUUGUUUACUGAGAUUGUCAAUGGACGGCUGUGAGAACCAGUGAGCUGUGAUUGCCUUUACAGAUAAAUAAAAUGGUGUUCAAAUUAUUAUUUAGUAGUUUGGCUUCAUACUGAAGUCCCACACUGCUCUAGGGGAUCACUUGCACUGCAGUCAGGCAUUGCUUUCCUCCUUCUCAAAUGACCAUGUAGAAAACACGUGGGGGCCGAUUAUGUAAUUUACUCAGUUACGCCAUUUGCCGUGUUAAGCUUAGGCUUGUUUUAAUCCACUUGGCACCUAUAGGUACAACCAGUGCAUUAUAUAGUGGAGAUCUCAAGUUUAUAGUUAGAUCUUCAUGACCUUAAGUUAAAAAAGGUUCAAAGCUGGCUUCAGUUUGUUGUUUUUGUUUUUUUUUACUUACCACAAGCCAUAUGAAAAACCCCAUUUCCAGUAAAAUCCUAUGCAUAUGCAUUUCAGGCCAAAUCUGUCCCUUAUCCGCAGUCACGAGUACACUUUGAAUUGGAAAACAUUCAGAUGUUGGUUUGACCAGUACUUAUUUGCCUUUUGAUAUCAGAUAAUAAUCCCAGAUCACCAUAGAGCCCAUCGUAACAGCAGAGGUUGAGUUGGCCUGUUAUUUAUUCUGUACAAAUCUGAUAAAGAAGGGAGGUCAAAUACUGGAGCCAGAACAAGAAAUGAUCUCUUUGCACAGGAAAAGAAGACUGUAAGUGUUUACAAUAACACUGGAAAUGUUUCUUUGGUGAAACCCCUCAUAUGAGCUGUGACAUCCCCAGUUUGUUAGGUAUUUCAAGAAUAUACUGUCAUUUAUGGUUUUAUAUAAGUGUGUCCUGAAAUGAGCAGUAUAUACAUUAAACCUGCUCAGGCUGCGGACCACUCUUCCUGGAGGAAACCACUUCCUGACUUGGAGCAGCCAACCUCUCCCCAAACAAUGAGUCAUGGUAGAACGUGAGCAUUUCUGAAACAGGCAGUGUAAACCUUUUUUUGCCGAUAACUUGUUUAUUUAUGUAAUUUAGUAUGAUGAUCUUUUUUUCACCUUUUGCAUCUUCUAAUGCGGUUUCCUUUUCUCUUCCCAUGUGGGCUCCUGCAGAAAUUGGAGGAGGAAAAAGGCAAAAAAGAAAAGGAACGCCUGGAGCUGGAGAGAGAAAGGAGGGAGAGAGACAAAGAGCGGGAGCGGGAGAGGGAGCGCCGCGAUCGCGAGAAAGAGAAGGAAAGGGAGAGAGAGAGGGACAAGGAGCGGGAAAGAGACCGGGACCGCGACCGUGAGCGAGAGAGGGAUCGUGAACGCGAGAGGACGAAGGAGCGGGAGAGGGAGAGGAGUCGAGAUGUCAGUGAAGCUCGCAGCAGAUCGAGAGAGAGGUCCAGAGACGAUAAAAAACGAGACCGCGAAGAAGAUGAGGAGGACAUGUAUGAGCGGCGGAGACUUGAGAGGAGGCUUAGAGAUAAGGAAGCAGCUUAUCAAGAACGGCUGAAAAAUUGGGAGGUCAGAGAGAGGAAGAAGGCCCGUGACUAUAGCAAAGAUGCUGAGCGAGAAGAAGAGAGGCGUCGUGAAAUGAUGAAAGAAGCCAAAAGGCUCAAAGAGUUCCUUGAAGACUAUGAUGAUGACAGGGACGACCCAAAAUACUACAGGGGCAGCGCAUUGCAGAAGCGUCUUCGUGACAGAGAAAAGGAAAUCGAGUUGGAUGAACGUGACCGGAAGAGGGAGAAGGAGGAGCUGGAGGAAAUUAGACAAAGACUUCUCGCUGAGGGUCACCCUGAUCCUGAUGCUGAAUUACAGAGAAUGGAAGAGGAAGCAGAGCGCAGACGACAGCCACCUCUGAAACUUGAACCGGAGGAGGAUGUGAACCAGGAGAAAACUCACAAGGAGCGGGAGAAGAGGGGGUCCGGAAGGCCUGUGGAGCCGGAGCCUCAAGUUCCCCCGCAGCAUUCAGAUGACGAUGUGGAAGAGGCAGAUGAAGAUGAUUACCGCGAUGGCGAGGACUCACAAGAAGCCAAGCCGCAACUCAAACCCGCCAUGCGACCAAUCACCACUGCUCCCUCUGUGUCUUCUGCCAGUGGAAACGUUACUCCAAACACCCCUGGAAAUGAGUCUCUUUGUGGCAUCAUAAUUCCAGGCGAGAACACUCCAGAGGUCCAACCUCCAGAGGAACACCGGCCCAAGAUUGGCCUCAGCCUCAAGCUGGGUGCUACCAACAGUCCGAGUCAGCUCAGCGCAGGAAAGCGAAAGAAAUUAGCAACUGUGGACAGUGUUUUCAACAAGUUUGACGAAGAGGAGGCAGAUGAGCAGCCUCGCAAAAGGAAACUGGUUCCACUGGACUAUGGUGAUGAUGAAAAGAGUCUGGGGCUCGAUGGAGCAGAAAUUUCAGGGGCCAAAGGCAGCAUUAACACAGAGGAGAAACGGAAACACAUAAAAAGCCUUAUAGAGAAGAUCCCCACUGCCAGGCCAGAGCUCUUCUCCUAUCCUUUGGACUGGGCAAUGGUUGAUUCGACUCUGAUGGAUCGCCGCAUUAGACCGUGGAUUAAUAAGAAGAUUAUAGAGUACAUUGGAGAGGAGGAAGCUACAUUGGUUGAUUUUGUCUGCUCCAAGGUAAUGGCGCAUAGCACUCCUCAGGGUAUUCUUGAUGAUGUUGCUAUGGUUCUUGAUGAAGAAGCAGAAGUCUUCAUAGUAAAAAUGUGGAGGUUACUGAUAUAUGAAACAGAAGCAAAGAAGAUUGGACUGGUCAAAUAAGUAAACACGACUCUGACUGACUUCCUGAGCUUUCAGUUCUACUGUCUGCAGUUUUCUGGUCCAGCAGACUGUGAACAUGCCCACACGGCGCUCCAUUCCAUCGGCAAAGAGCUGGUGUGUGUGUGUGUGUGUGUGAGUGUGUGAGUGUGUGAGUGAGUGAGAGUGUGCGUGAGAAAGUCAAAAUUGUGAACUGAAAGGGUUUGGAAACUAAUGUGCUGCAUGAAAAAAAAAACUUUGGUUGUAAUUCUUUUAUUUGUUAGUGCCGUUCAGGAGGAAUUUCAUCCAUCUGUUCUACAAUGUGUUGGACACAUUCUGCUUUAAUUUGGUGGUGUUGUUUGGAGGCACUACUCCAUUGUGUGAACUAAUAAACAUGCUUUUUUAAAAAAAACAAAAACAUA